UAUCAUUGGUAUUCAAGGUCAAAACAAAAAUAAUCCGUUAUAAAACCGCUACACAAAAAUUUAGUUCAGUCCCAUAAGAAUCUUUAACAAGGCAUAAUGGCCCCAAUUCUUUACACAACCGAUUUAAGCCCACCGUGUAGGGCAGUUUAUAUGACUGCAAAAGCUUUGAAUAUUGAUGUAGAGCAUAAAAUUAUCGAUUUUUUAAAUGAUGCUCAUUUAAAAGAUGAUUUUCUCAAGAUUAAUCCAAAACACACCAUCCCAACUUUAACCGAUGGAAAAUUAAUCUUAACAGAUAGCCACGCAAUCACUUCUUAUUUAGUUACAAAAUACUCCAACGGAAAUUCUCUUUAUCCAAAUACACCCGAAGAUAAAGCUUUAAUCGAUAAUAUGUUACAUUUCGAUAGCAACGUGGCUUUCCCCGCGCUUCUUAACACUUGCGCAACACUUCGUUUAAAAUUAGCAUCGGAAGUUACCCCUGAUAUGAUUAAGAAGAUUGAAAAUGCUUAUUCUUUCCUUGAUAAGUUUUUGGAGAGAAAAACUUGGGUUGCUACCGAGAAAAUGACGAUUGCUGACUUUCAUUUAAUCACAACUGUAGCUGCUACUAAUUUAUUUGUGCCCGUAUCAAGUUGUUACCCGAAUUUAUUAACUUGGAUGAAGAAAUUUGAAGAUGUUGAUGCGUUUAAGGAGACUCAAUUUUCGUUGGAUGAUUUUAAAGAUUUGUUUAAACAUGUUUUAAAAGAAUAAAUCUUAAAUUUUCUUAAUUAAAGAGAUUCUCUUAAUUAAAA